CUCUCUAAAAACCCCCUUGGACUUAAAUGCACUCCAGACCGAGUGAUGGUCAAGAUAAGUAGCUAAAAGCCAGAAAUUAUCGACACAUCAGAAGAUCCACAGGAUUCGUCACAGUGCACUUGCAACAAAACAUAACUGCAGUUCCUCUAUUUUGACGUCGGUAUAUUUGUGGUGAAAUUUAUCACGAAUAUGCUUCAGACGAACCACGGAAUGAGUAUUCCUGCGCUGGUUCCGCCGCGAUUUGAAGAGCCAAACUACGGGAUGAACACAAGUUCUCCAAGGCCACCACCGUUCUCGAUGUGUCAACCCCAUGCGUCCAACUCACUCGUUCCGUCUGCGCGAGUCUUGCAAGAGGUCCUGUACUCUAACGAGAUGAAUUACCCCAGUUAUAUGCCUGAUAUGCCCAACAACCAAAGCUUGCCUCUUCCAUGGAUGUCUUCUUGGCAUCAGAGACAGAAUCUGCCAUACCUCGGUCACCCUCGCCCAGGAGACUUUUACCCUUAUCCUGAAUAUGGUGACAUGGAUGAAUCAGGCAUGUAUCCCCCAAAGAAGAAACGGGCACGAACAACCUUCUCGGCAGAGCAACUCAAGCGAUUAGAGAAACGCUUCGUAGGUAAUCACUACAUCGUCGGAGAAGAACGACAGAGAAUCGCCAAAGAAUUGGACCUGUCCGAAGCGCAGGUCAAGGUUUGGUUCCAGAAUCGAAGGAUAAAAUUCAAGAGAGACGAAGAACUCGAAAAGCUUGGGAAAAGCAAAAAGCGUAAAGGGGAACAUCAUGUGCGAAAAUGGCAACUAACGACACGGCAUUUUGGACCCGAAACGGACACGCUAUUCCACAGCGAUUACGAUAAUACCUCUAGAAAGCAUAAUUAGAAUCAAUUUGUUCUUUAGAGCACUUUACAAGAUAAGCAGAAACGCGCUGAAGGCUCGAAGGAAAAUUAAUUUAAUACCAAAGAGGUUGGUACCGCCGCGCUAAUGUCUUUUCCAUCCAUUCGGAACACUGACCACUGGCUGCGAAACUCCAAAUUUUGUGAGCAUAUUGCUUCAUGGCGAAUUGAAGUACACUACUUCCUCUCUCUCUUGUAAAUAUUUUGUUAGUGUUAAACAGAAGAGUUUAUAGGACACGAAAUCAACUAUUAGAAGCUAUAUAGGCCGAUUAGAUGACUCACGCUCCGGAACAUCUGUAACAACUUUCGUAAUGACCGUAUAGGCCUCUAAUGUUUUCAAGAAAUGUCAAAGUCUUUGGAGUUAUUAACGGCUUUUUAAGGUGAACAGAUUAACACUGGUUUCGCUGAUGCGAUAGUCUCUACAAACAGCUUUUACUCCGUAUGAACUUCCCGGAUAAUAUGCCCUAAUGAUAACUAAUUAUAUCGUUCAAUAAAUGUCCGUAUCACCGGCUAGUGGAGGCAAUGGAACAACAACAAAUGUAAUCUGUCAUAGGUGCUUUUCCUCAAGUGGCCUUAAAAGCUUGGUAAAUCUGUGCUUAUGUUCCAAUUGUACAUAUUUCAAAAGUAUUCUGUAGUUAGAUUCAAUACCAAAAACAUUUAUGCGUUUACCGCAGCUUUGCGCGCGGGAAAAGCUUCUCAAGAGUCAUUGGAUUUGCGUGAUCUCGGUUAAACCGCAAUUUCCAUGUUAUUUAUAACAUACAUGUUUAUUCCACAAAUAAAGAAGUU